CAUGUACUUUGUGUACUUAAAAAGUUAUAAUCUAGUACGCAUCGAAUUUAUAUAUUAUAACUACCGGACUGUACAAAACUAAGAUCAUGGCUGAAUUUAAAGAUAGUGGACUAGUGCCUGACGUUAUUGACGAAGCACCUCCUGCAGUUUUAAAGGUACAGUUUGGAGCCACGGAACUACGUGUAGGAGAAACGAAAACUCCAACAGAGGUCAAGGACACACCUUUGGUGACAAUUGAGCAGAAUCCGGAGGAAUACUAUACACUUCUAUGCCAUGAUCCGGAUGCACCUUCUCGGGCAGAUCCAAAGUUCGGAGAGUUCCAGCAUUGGCUAGUGAUGAACAUCACCGGAAACGAUAUGAAAACUGGUGAAGAAUUAACAGCUUACAUCGGAUCUGGAGCACCUAAAGGAACUGGUUUGCACAGAUACGCAUUUUUACUGUACAAGCAAAACAACGGCAGAAUAGACACAAACGAAUUACCAAGGAUACCCAACAUUACAGCACAGGGCAGACGCCUCCAAAAAGCAAGGGACAUUGCAAAACAUUAUGAGUUACAGCUGGUUGCCGGCAACUUCUAUCUUGCAGAGUGGGAUGAAUAUGUGCCGACGUUACAUGCUCAAAUGGGACUUGGAAAAUGAACCCUUUUUACCAAAUGUUGAAUUGUGACAAAAAAGCAAACUCAUAAUUAUGUAAUAGUUUUAUUAGCUCGACUAUACGAAGUAUAAGGAGAGCUAUCCUACUUGCCCCGGCGUCGGCGUCGGCGUCGGCGUCUUUCCGCGUCCCCACCUUGGUUAAAGUUUUGGUGCACUUUCUCUUUUUUUCAAAAUAUCUCUGUAAUUACUUGAUGGAUUUGAUUCAAACUUGAAAUACUUAUUCCUCAUCAUCAUCCACAUCAUCUGACAUAAGGGCCAUAACUCUGGCACCAAUAUUUCAUGAAUUAUCCCCCCUUUUCACUUAGAUAUCAUGUUAAAGUUUUGAUGCACUUUCACUCUAUCUCUGUUAUUACUGAAUGGAUUUGAUUCAAACUUAAAAUAGUUGUUCAACAUCAUCACCCACAUCAUAUGACACAAGGUGCAUAACUCUGGCACCAUUUUUUCAUGAAUUAUUUCCCCUUUUACUUAGAAUUUCAGGUUAAAGUUUGGUGCACUUUCACUCUACCUCUGUUAUUACUGAAUGGAUAUGAUUCAAACUUAAAAUAGUUGUUCAGCAUCAUCACCCACAUCAUAUGACACAAGAUGCAUAACUCUGGCACCAUUUUUUCAUGAAUUAUUCCCCCUUUUUACUUAGAAUUUCAGGUUAAAGUUUUGGUGCACUUUCACUCUACCUCUGUUAUUACUGAAUGGAUAUGAUUCAAACUUAAAAUAGUUGUUCAGCAUCAUCACCCACAUCAUAUGACACUAGAUGCAUAACUCUGGCACCAUUUUUUCAUGAAUUAUUCCCCCUUUUUACUUAGAAUUUCAGGUUAAAGUUUUGGUGCAGUUUCAAUCUACCUCUGUUAUUACUGAAUGGAUAUGAUUCAAACUUAAAAUAGUUGUUCAGCAUCAUCACCCACAUCAUAUGACACAAGAUGCAUAACUCUGGCACAAUUUUUCAUGAAUGAUUCCCCUUUUUACUUAAAAUUUCAGGUUAAAGUUUUAUGCACUUUCACUCUAUCUCUGAUAUUACUGAAUGGAUCUGAUUCAAACUUAAACAAUUGUUCAACAUCAUUACCCUUAUCAUAUGAUGCAAGGUGCAUAAUUCUGGGACCAAUUUUGCAUGAAUUAUUUCCCCUUUUUACUUAGAAUUUUAGGUUAAAGUUUUGAUGCACUUUCACUCUGUCUCUGUUAUUACUGAAUGGAUUUGAUUCAAACUUAAAAUAGUUGUUCAACAUCAUCACCCACACCAUAUGACGCAAGGUGCAUAACUCUGGCACCAGUUUUUUUUAUUAAUUAUUCCCCCUUUUUACUUAGAAUUUUAGGUGAAAGGUUUUAUGCACUUUCACUCUGUCUCUGUUAUUACUGAAUGUAUUUGAUUCAAACUUAAAAUAGUUGUUCAACAUCAUCACCCACACUAUAUGACACAAGCUGCACAACUCUGGCACCAAUAUUUAAUGACUUAUGCCCCUUUUGCUUAGGAUAUACUUAUAUAGUGUUUUGAUACAUUUUGUCUUUACCUCUCUUAUUACUUUAAGUUGAUAUUUUUGACAUAGACUCAGGCUAUUGUGCAAUAUCUUCAUCCACAAUUGGAGUCAUUAAACACUCCAGUGACAGCUCUAGUUUCCUCAGAUGUGCCCAGUUUCACUAUCCAGCAUCGAAAUAGUCGAGCACGCUGUCUCCUGUGACAGCUCUUGUUUAUUAUUGUAUGGCAAGAUUUUUGUCAUACUGUAUAAUACCUGCACCACCGAAGCGUUUAUUUGCACUGUGUUACAAGAAACAUAAUUAGAUUACACGUCACGAGAGAAAGUCUUCUGAAGGAACAGUUUUAGAAUAACCCUCAUUGGAGCGAAUAUUAGAAUGUUUCAAAGGACAUAUUGCAAAUAUUUUAUUAUUUUAUUAAUACCUAGUCUUCAAAAAUGCCUUAAGUCUAUAAUUAAGCUUAACACGAUUAUCUAUCAGUAUUGGUUCUCAGUAAUUUAAUUAGGUAUUAACUAUUAGAGCAAUUAUAGAAAAUAGAAAAGUACUUCUAAUCUGGACAUAGACGUGCUAAUUUGUAUCUGUAAUUAUCAAUAUUGCAUCCUUAUGUUAUGUCUCAGUAUUGUUUUUAGCUCACCUGAGCAAUGCUGAUCUUCAUGAAAUUUGGUUAGAAUGAUAACCUUGAUGAAAUCUAGGCCAAGUUUGAAAAUGGGUCAUCUGAGGUCAAAAACUAGGUCACUAGGUUGAGUCAAAGAAAAACAUUGUGUAUGCGAUAGAGGCUGUAUUUUUCAAUUGAGCUUCAUGUACUUUUGUCAGAAUGAUUGCCUUGAAGAUGGACAAGUUAGAAAAUAGGUCAUCUGGGGUCAAAAACUAAGUAACUAGGUCAAAUCAAAGAAAACCCUUGUGUACGUGAUAGAGGCUGUAUUUUUCAAUUGAUCUUCAUGAAAUUUUGUCAGAAUGAUUACCUUCAUAAAAUCUAGGUUAUGUUGGAAUAUAGAUUAUCUGGGUUCAAACAGUAGGUCACUAGGUCAAGUCAAAGAAAAGCUUUGUGUAUACGAUAGAGGCUGUAUUUUUCAAUUGAUCUUCAUGAAAGUUGCUCAGUAUGAUUGCCUUCAUGAAAUCUAGGUCAUGUUUGAAUAUGGUUCAUCUGGAGUUUAAAAUUAGGUCACUAGGUCAUAUCAAAGAAAAUACUUGUUUAAACCCAAGAGACCACAUUUUUGGUCCAAUCCUAAUGAAAAUUGGCCAGAAUAUUUAUUUUCAUGAAAUCACUAGGUCAAACAUGUUUAAACUGUUAUGGUAUGUUUCUCAGGUGAGCGACCUAUGGCCAUCUUGGCCCUCUUGAUUAUUGAAUGCUUCGAAAACAUUCAAACAGUUACUGUUAUUGGGGCCUUGCUCAAGUAAAAUAAUACAAGUUUGGCAUUUUGAUCAAGACAAUUGAGAAUAGUGGCAACAUGUUUGUCUGGCAUUUUCUCUUAUUGCGCCUUUGUUUUCAAAUCAGCUAGAUUUUACAACAAUGCAUGUGUUAUGUAUGUGACAUGUAUUGUAUGUGACACUUGUAUAUCUUAGGACUCUCUAUGUAUGCAUGUAUUCUUAAUUGACAAUUUUAAGAAGAUACAUUUUACUGUCUUGUAACUCCAAAUGUAUUUUAAAU